AUGCUUGAUAUUCUCGACGACGAGUUGCUUGUGCUCCGAAACCUUGGCAAUAUGAUCAUUGAUGGCGACCUAUCCUGCGAGAUUACUAUAAAAUAUGCAGUCGUUGGCCUUCAGGUAAAACAUAUCGUCGUUUGCGGCCAUUAUGGAUGUCACACUGUAAAAGCAGUUUCGAGAGAUGGAUUAAAUGGUCCAUGGUUGAGCAAACUCAACGCUCUUCAUUCAGCGUACGAAGAAGAUAUUAAUCAACUGCCAUUGUGCGAGCGAGAUCGCUCUUUUGUUGAAUUGAAUAUUCUUGACCAGAUGCGUUCGCUUCGCAAAUAUCCCGAAGUGACUGAUGCAAUCACGCAAGGGCGCUUAUAUAUCCAUGGACUAGUGUAUGACUCCCAGACCGAGAAGAUCUCUCGAUUGUUGGGGCAGCAGAACCACUAG